AUGUCUACCCAGAAGGCCGUCAUCAUCACCCAGCCCAAGACCAGCGAGCUGGUCACAGACCGUGCUAUCCCGGCUCUGCGCGAUGACUAUAUCCUGGUGAAGAAUGUCGCCGUGGGCCUCAAUCCCACCGAUUGGAAGCACGUCGCGUAUCUCUCGCCCCCGGGGGUCCUGGUGGGAUGUGACUACGCCGGUGUCGUUGAGGCUGUCGGAAACGAAGUCCAAAAGCCGUUCAAGAAGGGGGACCGGGUCUGUGGCUUCGCCCAUGGGUGCAACACUGUGCAGCCCGAGGAUGGCACGUUUGCUGAGUAUAUCGUGGCCAAGGGCGACCUGCAGAUGAAGAUCCCCGACAGUCUUAGCUUCCAGGAGGCGGCUACCCUCGGGGUGGGCAUCAACACGGUGGGCCAAGGCCUGUAUCAGAGCCUGAAGCUGGCCCUGCCCACAGAACCCAUCAAGGAGGCCACACCGAUUCUGAUCUAUGGCGGAUCGACCGCCACUGGCACCCUAGCUAUCCAAUUCGCCAAGAUAUCCGGCUACACCGUGAUCACCACCUGCUCGCCACAUAACUUUGACUUGGUGCGUUCGCUCGGUGCUGAUGCCGUCUUCGACUACAAGGAUGCCCAGGCCCCGGCCGAGAUUCGCAAAUACACCAAGGACAACCUGAAGCUCGUCUUCGAUUGUAUCUCGCUGGAGUCGAGUGCCGCCUUCUGCGACCAGGCCAUCUCGACCACCGGCGGCGAAUACAGCGCUUUGUUGAACGUCAAAAUCGAGCGAGCCAACGUCAACGACCGAUUCACGCUGGCCUAUACCAUCAUUGGGGAGGCGUUCAAAUUCGGUGACGUGCCAUUUCCCGCGAAGCCCGAAGACCGAGCCCAUGGCGAAAAGUUCAUUGCCAUUGCGGAACAGUUGCUCGCCCAGGGCAAAAUCAAGGUGCACCCACCCAAGGUGGGCCCCGACGGCCUGAAAGGUGUGCUCAAUGGGUUGGAGCUUCUCAAGACCGACAAGGUCAGCGGAGAAAAACUGGUUUACAAUCUGUCCGAAACUCCUUAG